GAGAGAGAGAGAGAGAGAGAGAGAGAGUUUGAGAGAGAAGCUUAGAGAAGAUCACAGUCGGUGCAUUUAUCUUCCUCUUUCUCUUUCUUUCCUUCAGUUCAUUUCUCUUAGCACACUCUCUUUCUUUUCUUCUGCAACAGGGUUUUAAGAGACUGUCUUUGUCAAUGAUAUUUUUCUUGUUUUUUUUUCCUCUAGAUAUUUGUGUAAACUAAAAGCCCUAAACUUGGCAACAGAAGUUAAUUAAUACGGAAUUAAUGGAGAACAUGAACAAGGAUCUGGAGAAAGCUGAGGCCUCUGAGAUCAUUGGCCAUAGCAGCACAGAAACAACAACGAACGAAGUACUGGACUUGAACGAGGACCUAGAAGCAGGACUGGCGGAAACUGGUGAAGAACAUGUACAAGUAGAAUGCAGAAUUUGCCAGGAGGAAGAUUUCAUGGACAAACUGGAAGCUCCUUGCCACUGCAACGGCACUCUCAAGUUUGCUCACAGGGAUUGCAUUCAAAGAUGGAUCAACAAGAGGCUAAGCAUGAUUUGUGAAAUCUGCAAACAGCCAUACCAGCAGGAUUAUACGAUGGUCCUGCCUCCACCACAAGAUGUUCAAGCCGAAGACGUCACCAUUGGCAUCAGGGAUGGCUAUUUCAACGUUAAUAACACUCCGGUGGUGGCGGCCGUGCAAGCUCAACGGGCGGCACAGAUUGACGCAGCAGCAGCAGAGUACAUGCGGCGGCAGCAGGCCUAUAAUGCUAGAGCCUUCAGUGGCAGUGCAGUGUGCCGCAUUGGAGCUGUUAUUUGCCUGGCGUUUCUGGUAGUGAAAGAUGUCUACUACUUCAUAGAAAAUGGAGAUGAAAGUGACCUCGUAACAAUCUUUUGUGUUAUGUUUGGUUUCUUUAUACCAUGCUAUCUUCUGGCAUGGUUUGCGAAAGCGUUGAACCAAAAUGAAGGGAAUUCGGCAGCUUCAGAGGUUGCAGUUGCGUCGCAGUCUAGCGUCCCCGUUGUGUCACAGUCUAGCAUGAGGUGACCAUCCACAUUGGUCGCAAAAACUACUCCAAAGUUGUAGAUUUCAGCAUUGAAUCAACAUUUGAAGUUAUGCGUUUGUAAUGUCUUGGCAAGUAAUCUGCGUAUGCGUGUGUAUGAUCGGGAUGUGUAUGUGUGCCAG